AUGUGGGCAGGAAUUCAUGACAUCAGACAAAACAACCUCAUGUUCAUCAUUCAUGGGAAUCUGAAUGCUCAGUAUUACAGUGACGAAAUCAUCACACCAGUUGUCAUUCCGUUCAUGCAGCAGCAUCCAGGAGUUUUGUUUCAACAGGACAAUGCACGCCAGCAUUCAAGAAGACUAACGACUGACGUCUUCAGAGGAACAAUAUUGCCUGACUUCUUCCCGAUUGUGAAGGUGUGGAAUUUGUUGGGUUGUAGGGUGCAGGAGAACCACGCGGAUAUUCGAAACGUCAACAACCGUAAACAUGCUUUAACUCGUGAGUGGAUCUCUAUCACAGUUCCAGAGAUCCACCGUCUCAUCAGAAGCAUGACCCGACGUUGUACCGCUGUCACAAUGCAAUGUCCAAGGUGCUCAGACACAUUAGGCCUACUGACAAUUUUCUGA